AUGGUCAAUACCCGGCAAACGAAGGGCAGAGUCACCGCAGCCUCUCACCGCCGGCAAUCGCAAGAUCCUGAUUCGCCGGUGAAGAAGUUCUUCAAGCUGGUUUUACCUUCAACAGUGAAGAGUAACAUGAUGAGGAUUCCGACAAGAUUUUCGAAUCUACUUGGUGCUCAACUAUCCGACAUUGUUACAUUCGAGACACCUGUUGGUUUCAAGCGUUCGAUAAAGCUUAAGCGGAUCAACGAUGAGAUUUGGUUCGCCGAGGGUUGGAGUGAGUUUGCAGAGGCUCAUUCCAUCAGCGAAGGCCACUUUCUCCUCUUCGAAUACAAAGGGAACUCUAGUUUCCGUGUAAUGAUCUUUGAUGUUUCGGCUUGCGAGAUAGAAUAUCCAACUGAUGCUGUUCUUAUCAGUGAUAGCGACGAUGAGAAUGAGAUCAUUGAUGUUACAGGGACUCAAGGUACAAGGGAAAAUGAUCAAUCUGUCAAGAAGAGGCCAAGAGACAUCGAGUUUGAGAAGAUCCUAACCGAUGUUGAUGCGAUCAAAGUGCUUGAAGCAGAAGAAGAAGAAGACAAGAGAGUCUUCAGGGGAAAAGAUUUCUUUUAA